AUGGAGGUCACCGGGCAGGCCUUUGAGGACAUGCAGGAGCAGAACAAUCGGCUGAUGGCGCAGCUAAGGGAGAAGGACGACGCCAACUUUAAGCUGAUGAGCGACCGCAUCAAGGCGACGCAGAUUCAGAAGAUGCUCAAGGAUGAACACGCGUUGCUCACGGAGCAGGUCUUUGCGCUUGGGAACCAACUGGAGGCCCAGGUGGAGGUGGUGCGGAAGUUGGAGGAGAAGGAACGGAUUCUCCUGGCGCAGAUCGCCUCCAUGGAGAAGGAGGUCGCCCUGCGGACGCAGGGCAUGGAGUCCUACAAGCGGAAGGCCGUGGAGGCGACCCAGCAGACGAACGACCUGAAGCUGCACCUGGACAAGUACGUCUCGCAGAUCCGGGACGCACAGUCGAUUGUGGCGGACAAGACCAGCGCCUGGCAGAAUGAGAUGUUCAAGACGAAGCGGCUGCAUGAGGACCUGCAGAGCUACAAGCGAAAGUACGAGCGGGCGAAGAAGUUUGAGAUGGCCACCACGGCGGAUGAGGUGCUUCAGGAGGAAAUUCGCGAGCUGAAGGAGGAGCUGACCUGUCCCAGCUGCAAGACGAAGCGGAAGGACGCCGUGCUGAACAAGUGCUUCCACGUCUUCUGCUACGACUGCCUGAAGACGCGGUACGAGACGCGCCAACGGAAGUGCCCCAAGUGCAACCAGUCCUUCAGUGCCAAUGACUUUCACCGGCUGUACCUCGCAUAA